UCUUUUACUGGAUCAAUUAGAUUAAUACCUGAAGGAACAAAACUUUUUUAUCAAAAUAAAAAAGAAUUUGUUGAUCAACUACUACAAGAAAUUUCAUUAAUUCUUCCUGUUGAUCGUGAUAGAUUAAAGAUCAAAGAUCAUCAACAAGUGGAUAGUUCGACCAAAUUUGAACAAUUAAUUAUUCCUUUACAAAUCGAACCCACAAGGAAUUUAUCUCAGAGAAAUACUAAUAAUUUAUAUCACGAUUUAAAUCAUAUGAUUCUAAAUAAACAAUAUACUGAAAUUUCUAAUUAUCAGUAUGCUUCACUAUUAGAUCAAUCUUAUGGAUAUAAACUAAAUGCCGGUAUUAAAGAUAUUAUACGAGAUAAUAAAGAAACGAUAUUAGCCGCUAUAGUUGUUUUUUUUAUCAUAAUUAUUGUAUUUUUAUGGGCUAAAAGAAAAGGAGAAAGUGAGGAUAACGAGGAAAAUGAGGAAAAUGAGGAUGAAGAGAGAUCAAAUAUGAUUAUAUUGAAAGUCGGAUUAUCUCUUAUGGAUUUUGUCUUGGAUGGGUUAUUCAUAUACAAAAAUGGAUAUGACAUUAAAAUACUUUUCAUUCCAAGUUUAGUGAUUUUUGCAUUUGCAUCAAUCUUUAAUUUAAUAUUGGCAAUGUCGUUAAUAAUAUCCGAAAACUUUAAGCACGAUAAUUUUAAAGAAUGGCUUAAAAAAAAUUCAAUUGUCGCAUCAAUAUUUACACUUUUUUCAGCAACGAAUGUUGAAGUUUUAAAUAUCUUAUCCUCAAAAAUAGGCGGAUUCAAAAUGUUUUCAGCAAAUUUUAUGGAUAAUACAAUCUCAAUAAUAUUUUGGUCUAGUAUAGUUAAUUUUGUUGUUAAAGAUAUUCCUCAAUUUGGUAUUCAGGUUUAUUAUAUAACACAUGUUAUAUCUUAUAAUGUUAUUCCAUUUUUAACUCUUGUAACAAGUAGCGCAAUGAUCGUUUUAAAUAUCAUCGGAAAAUUAUAUAAUAUAAUCAUAGAAUGCCAAAAACGAAGUAGUGGCAAUGAUGAUGAUUAUGAUGAUGAUGAUGAUAAAGAAGCCAUUGAAGCUUGA